AGUUCGCUCAAUUUCCACCAGGGGCGCUGACGUUCGAACUGUCAAACCGACAUUGACGUCGCUGCAAUAAAAGGAAAAUUGAUGACUGGAUUUCUGGUUGGUCAAUAAUGUUGGAAAAUCGGAAAUUACGAUUAUUUUAAGCAAGAAACACCAUUCAAGUUAUUGUGUGUACUUAAAGUGAGCAUCGGCCAUUGCAAAAAAUCGACAAACAGUCAGCUCCAUCACCGAUCGGAACAGUACCGAACAGCCGGGUGUCGAAAGGGAAAGAAGAUGUCUUCGUCAGCAAUUUUCAUUCUCGACGCGAAGGGAAAGGUGUUGAUAUCGCGCAAUUACCGCGGUCACAUCGAUAUGGGCGUGAUCGAUAAGUUCAUGCCGCUGCUGAUGGAAAAGGAAGAAGAAGGGCUCAUUACACCGAUCCUCCAGACGCCCGAAUGUACGUUCGCGUACGUGAAGACGAACAAUCUGUACCUGGUUUCGGUCACCCGUAGCAACGCGAACAUUGCGCUGGUGUUUGUCUUUCUGCACAAGGUGGUGCAGGUGUUUACGGAGUACUUUAAGGAGCUGGAGGAGGAAAGCAUACGGGACAAUUUUGUGGUGAUUUACGAGCUGUUGGAUGAGCUGAUCGAUUUCGGUUACCCGCAGACGACGGACAGUAAAAUUCUGCAGGAGUACAUUACGCAGGAAGGGCACAAGCUGGAAAUACAGCCCCGCAUUCCGAUGGCAGUGACGAACGCGGUUUCGUGGCGUUCGGAAGGCAUCAAGUAUCGCAAGAAUGAGGUGUUUUUGGAUGUGAUCGAAAGCGUUAAUUUGCUGGCCAAUGCGAACGGUAAUGUGCUGCGAAGCGAGAUCGUUGGAGCGAUCAAAAUGCGUGUCUACCUGUCCGGUAUGCCGGAACUGCGGCUCGGGUUGAACGAUAAGGUGCUGUUCGAAAGCACCGGCCGGGGCAAAUCGAAAUCCGUCGAGCUGGAGGAUGUAAAGUUCCACCAGUGUGUGCGAUUGUCCCGGUUCGAGAACGAUCGUACCAUCUCGUUCAUUCCACCGGACGGCGAGUUCGAGCUGAUGUCCUAUCGGUUGAACACGCACGUCAAACCGCUGAUCUGGAUCGAGUCCGUGAUCGAGCGUCACGCGCACAGCCGCGUGGAGUACAUGAUCAAGGCAAAGUCGCAGUUUAAGCGCCGAUCGACGGCGAACAAUGUGGAGAUUGUCAUUCCGGUGCCGGCCGAUGCCGAUUCGCCCAAGUUUAAAACCACCAUCGGCAGCGUAAAGUAUGCGCCGGAGCAGAAUGCCAUCACAUGGACAAUUAAAUCAUUCCCGGGUGGAAAGGAGUACCUAAUGCGUGCCCACUUCGGUCUGCCCAGCGUGGAGUGUGAGGACAGUGAGGGAAAGCCACCGAUUCAGGUGAAGUUUGAAAUACCCUACUUUACCACCUCCGGCAUUCAGGUGCGAUAUUUGAAAAUUAUCGAAAAGAGCGGAUACCAAGCACUGCCCUGGGUGCGGUACAUCACCCAGAACGGCGACUAUCAGCUGCGAACGAACUAAAGUUCUGACGACGGUGCCUAUCGAAGAAUAAUUGUUAAGUUUCCCCCCUCCCAAUCCCACUGUUCCUCUCUCAUCCUGCAACCAUGUACGUACUACGACCACCGGCAAAGUGCCCCGGAAAAGUGAGCUCCGAUCGAUCCGGGUUGGGUUUUAUUUGGUGGGUUUCUGUUUGCUUUCGAUUGCGUUGUGGCAGUAUUAACAAGCGUGUCUGUGUCACGGUAGGCAGCUUCGAUCGGAAAGACACACACGCAGACACGUAGAAUGGGAUGUAGUUUCUUGCUUUUUUCGUGUUUGUGUUUAUGCACCUCUUUGCUUUUUUCCAUCCUUAAAAUGCAAUUUUAUGUGCUGGUUAGUUGUCCUGGAUAGUAUUUGUGGCGAUCUUUAUUUUCAUCGCAUUUUUUUUAACUACACCCUAUCCCAUCUUUUAGUCGAAAUUGUUGUCCGUGAGAUAAGGGUAUAAAGAUUGUUUGCUAACCUUUUUUAAUUUUAUGUUUAACGUUAACCAAUCCUGUAAAACGAACAUGUAGCACAUAUACGGUAAUAAAGUAAAGGAAAGCCAA